UUACAUGUUAUAUUUAAAGAGCACGGUCCACAGUUAUUCAAAUAAUAGUUUCAUGGUCUCGUAUAUACUUCAUUGAACGAUUACUUUAAAAAAGUAUUUGAAUUGAUUUGUGAAUUACACCAACAGUUUCAAUUAAAUUCUAAAACAGAAUGAAUUAUGGAUAUAGAUGCACAUUAAAUGGAGUAAAACACAUGUCUAGCCUAGAGACAUUAGGAUUUAUUGGCCUAGGUAACAUGGGAAACCACAUGGCCAGGAACUUGGUGAAGAAAGGACACAAACUAGUUGUUUUUGAUGUGUCUAAAGAUGCUAUGAAAACAAUUCAAAACAUGGAGGGCUGUGAAAAUUGUGUACAGACAGUUAACUCACCAGCUGAUGUGGCAGCACAGUGCAAACAUAUUAUUACCAUGUUACCAGCCACACAACAUGUACAAGAGGUCUACACUAAUCGUGGUACUGGUAUAUUUAGCGCUAUUCAAGAAAACAGUUUAUUAGUAGACAGUAGUACCAUAGAUCCGGCAGCAUCUCAAGAAAUGGCAGCUAUAGCAACAGAAAAAGAUUCUUCAUAUGUUGAUGCACCUGUUUCUGGAGGUGUAAAUGCAGCGAGGGAUGCAGCAUUGACCUUCAUGGUGGGUGGAGCUCCAAGAAGUUUUGAAAUGGCACAAAAAUACUUGUCUGUGAUGGGGAGGAAUGUAGUGCACUGUGGACCAGUGGGAACAGGACAGGCAGCAAAAAUCUGUAACAAUAUGUUAUUAGGCAUAUCAAUGAUAGGAACUUCUGAAGCAAUGAACCUCGGUAAAAAAUUAGGCCUGGAGCCAAAAUUAUUAGCAAAGAUUUUAAACACAAGCUCUGGUAGAUGUUGGUCCAGUGAAGUAUACAAUCCUUGUCCAGGAGUAUUGGAUGGUGUACCAUCAAGUAAUAAUUAUCAGGGAGGAUUCGGAACUGCUCUCAUGACCAAGGACUUGGGUCUUGCUAAUAAUGCAGCUACAGUGACUAAGUCCCCCAUACCUAUGGGAAGUCUCGCCCACCAGAUAUAUAGAAUAAUGACGAGUAGCGGCUAUGCUGGAAAGGAUUUCUCAUCAGCUUACAAGUUUUUACAGGACCAAGAAGAUAAAUCAUAAUGUGAUAUUAAUUAUAUUUUGUAGAAUGAUUUUGUUGAAUUUGUACUGAAUUUUUAAAAGGUUUCUGGAGAGGAUUUACAGUGAAAAACGAAAAA